AUGAAGUCUUUGCUCGUUACUUUUCUCAUCAUCAGUGUAGUAGCAGCUGAAGAAUUGUUCUGUAUACCGAACUCGCUUUUCCGGCAGAACUGUAAUUCAUGCGUCUGCUCCAAGGAUGGCAAGACGGCUGCUUGUACGGAUAUGAUGUGCCCAAAAGAGGAAGUAAAAAAGUUGUGCGAGCCAGGAAAACAGUUUAAUAUGGACGAUCUUAGCAGUUGUAUAUGUAACAAAGAUGGAAUGACUGCAAUGUGCACUCUAGGUCUUCAGAUUUAUGGAAAGAGUCGGCACUUGACCAAAAGCAAUGAAUAUUGCACUUCUGGAUCUAUAUUUAGUCCCGAUCUUUAUAAUAUCCGUCACUGUAGUGAGGACGGUACUAAUGCAAUGUGUUAUCUGCAGGUGUGCCCCGUGGAACAACCUAAAACAGUUUGUGAACCUCGUAAAUCUUUCAAGAAUUAUUGCAAUACUUGUUUCUGCGCUAGUGAUGGUUUAUCCUAUUCUUGUACCAAAAUGGAUUGUGACAAGAAUAUUUGGAACAAAGAUGGAAGCUUGAAAGUCGUAGCAAAAAAACCAGUCACGAAUCAAGUCUAUGAACCACGAAAGGCCUUCAGUGAACACUGCAAUACUUGUGUCUGUUCCGAUAAUGGCUUGUCCGCCAUGUGUACAAUGAUAUGGUGUGAUGAGAAAAUCUGGAAUGCAGAUGGCAGUACCAAAAUGCGAGUCAACACUAAACAUGUUUGUGAGCCCCUUAAAAACUUUAAAAACUAUUGCAACACCUGUAGCUGUUCAGAAGAUGGGCAAUCUUUUGAAUGCACAAAAAUGUAUUGCGAUAAGAACAUUUGGAACCAAGACGGUUCCACUAAGCUCAUAGUAAAAUCAACUGAAGAUCGAGUUUGCACACCAAAUAGUCACUUCAAAGAACAAUGUAAUAUCUGCACCUGCUCUGAAGAUGGAUUAUCUAAAUUCUGUACCAUAAUAGCCUGUGGCCCUCUAGACAAUGAAACCAAGCCAGUCUGUACACCCAGAUCUACUUUUAGUCCCGACGGUUGCAACAUUUGCAAGUGUGACGAGUUCGGAACCGACUUUGUUUGCACCUUCAAGUUCUGCUCAUAA